GGCAAGUCCCUGCAUACUUUGCUGAGUCUCAGAGCAUAUCUGCCUUCUCUCAAUAGGUCAGUUGUAUAGCUGAUGAUCCUUAGUGAGCCAUCAAGCAGACUAGGCAGAGCUAACACCAACUUGUGUGAGGUGUCACCCAGAAGCAUAGCAGAAGUUUGAAAUACACACAGUCUAGAGCCAAUAUUCAUAACUUCAACUACAAAAAUGAUACACAUACACAUCUAGCAUAACCAUAACCAGCAAACCACAACCUUGUCUUAGACACCCUAUUUGACCUAAAUUAUACAAGAUUUGGUUCCACUACAGGACCUUGGUUCCAUGUUCUGUAUGGUCCCUGUUCAAGUCAAUAACGUGACAACUGGGCAGCCAGGUUCUCACCUGUCACAAUGGCCGGUCAUGGAGUCCGAAGAGCUUCCGAAAAUCCUGCCUGGCUAGCGGGUGUGGCAAAGCUGCAGGUGCCCAGUGUGGUGCCCGGGGAGGGAGCGGGCCCUGAUGGCGGCUGCCUGGGAUUGCUGUUCGGCCGGCUGUUCCCUGGGCACUGCUCAGAGCCCACUUAGUUCAGCAGCAAGGCCAAUGCCAGGUCCCGUCUGUGGCCGAGCACGGACACUUGUGUGCCAGCAAGAGACGUGGCAGGGCCCCGAGACUGUCCCAGGCACAUGGGCACAUGCCCUGCUCCAGGUGGAGAGGGAGCCCAGAGACAACGGGGUGAAAACCAGCCCACCUCCUGACGGCAUCAUGCUGGGCCCUGCGUCCCCAGGGGCUGGGCAUGGGCUGGGCCCUUCGGGCAGCAGGGAGGGGCCUCGACUGGUGCUGACAACUCCCCUCCCCCCUUUGCAGUCAGUGCAGGUUCUUAUCAGUGACUUCCAGGGCUCCCCCACCAACUACAAGGCAGCUCACAUCUUCUUCAUCAGCCCCUGUCCUGAACCUCUGUUCAAGGAGCUGAGGAAGUCACGGAUCUCCAAGGCCAUCAAAACCCUCAAGGAGAUCAACCUGGCCUUCCUGCCCUAUGAGAGCCAGGUGUACUCCCUAGACAGGCCACAGACCUUCUACAACUGGUUCAGCCCCUGCCGCUUCUGGGAAAAGAACAAGGAGCUGGAGAUGAUGGCAGAGCAGAUUGCCACGUUGUGUGAAACCCUGGAGGAGUAUCCAGCCAUCCGCUACCGGAAGGACAGUGAAGAUAACUUCCACGUGGCUCACGCUGUGCUGGCCAAACUCAAGGCACACGAGCCCAGCAUGGGAGAGGGCCCCGACAAAGCCCGCUGUCAGCUCCUGAUUGUGGACCGGAGCUUCGACCUGGUGUCCCCACUGCUGCACGAGCUCACCUACCAGGCCAUGGCCUACGACCUGCUCACCAUCGAGAACAACACCUACAAGUAUGAGACAACGGGGACCAGCGACUCGCAGGAGAAGGAGGCGCUGCUGGAUGAAGACGACGAACUCUGGGUGCAGCUACGCCACAUGCACAUCGCUGACGUCUCCAUGAAGGUGACGGAGCUGCUGCACGCCUUCUCUGAGAGCAAGAAGCUGACCACGGACAAGGCCAACAUCGAGGACCUGUCCCAGAUGAUGAACUUUCCCCAGUACCUGAAAGAGCUGAACAAGUACUCCACACACCUGAACCUGGCUGAGCACUGCAUGCGGCACUUCAAAGGAUCGGUGGAGAAGCUAUGCAGCGUGGAGCAGGUGGGUCUGUGGGUAGAGCCUGGCUGGGGGGCAGAAUCUGGCUCAUGGACUCAGCCCGGAGAGAGGGGUCUCAGACCCACAGGCUCACUGGAGCCAGGGCCAGCCCCCACAUGCAGCACCAGGGGUGUAGAAGGGGGACAUGGGACUCGGGUUACUCCCUGGAGGCCCAUUGCUCACCCCAGCUGGAGCUGA